AUGCGCGAGAAACCGCCCGGCAAGCGUGAGGACAAGCUCCUCGCAACAUUAUGCGAUAAACAACGUUACGUCAUCCACUAUCGCAACCUGCAGCAGUAUAACGCGGCAUUUGGCAAAACCAUGGAGAAUGUGCGCGAUCGUGUCGACGUAAAAUUAUUAACAAAAUGGGAAGGCAGAUACAGUGCGGAGGCAAUGAUCGCCAAACCAAACUUCCACAGUCGUAGCGUCUUUUCGGAGAAUCUGGUCGCGAUAGAUCUGCGUAAACUCGAGGUGAAGUUUGACAAACCGAUAUACUGGUACGGCCCAUGCGUGCUUACUCAGCACAUCGAUAACGGUGAGAAUGUAGUGGUAACCUCUGUUGCAGCGUGUAUACGGACGCAUCUCAACCACAUCCGCCUGCCACAGGUCAUCGUAUCCGUGUACUAUGACGCGUCUUCUUGGAAAAUUUCUUCUCGCUGCAGCGUGUAA